AAACCGGCCCCUCUUGCCUGUUAAUGGAGUUUGGAGCGGUCAGUGCAGUGGAGGUCCGAGCUUUUGUCUCUCUGGUUUCGUCGAUUCGAGAAGCUCAGGGGAUAAUUGAAUUCAGAAAAAGGUUGAGAUUUUAGGGGUUUUUUUGAACUGUUAUUUCUUAUUUUCUGUUUGGUUGGUGGGAAAAUAUCGAAGUCAUGGGAAAAUCGUUUAGGGACUCUCUUAAAGCGCUUGAAGCAGAUAUUCAGCACGCCAAUACUCUGGCCUUGGAUUAUCCGAGAGAGAAAGAUGGAGCGCGUCUUCAGAUGAGACUGUCUUACGGUCCGGCGGCCAACUUUUUCCUCUUCCUUGUCCAGUGGACUGACUGUCACCUCGCCGGAGCGCUCGGCUUGCUUCGAAUGCUUAUUUAUAUGACUUAUCCAGAUGGAAAGACCACCAUGUCUGUUUAUGAAAGGAAAGCCAGCAUCAGAGAAUUUUAUGCUGUCAUAUUUCCUUCUUUGCUGCAACUUCAAAGGGGAAUCACAGAUGUGGAAGAUAGGAAACAGAAAGAGAUUUGCACUGCCAGAUACAAAAGAAGGGAUGAAUCCGAGAGGGGAAAAUUCUCUGAAAUUGACUUUGAAAGAGAAGAAGAGUGUGGAAUUUGCAUGGAGGUGAACAGGAAAGUUGUUUUGCCUAACUGCACUCAUACAUUGUGUUUGAAGUGUUAUCGAGACUGGCGUGGUAGGUCUCAGUCAUGCCCCUUUUGUCGCGAUAGUCUCAAAAGAGUCGACUCUGGUGACCUUUGGAUCUACACUGAGAAAUGCGAUACUCUCGAUUUAUCAACAAUCUUAAGAGAGGACCGCAAGAGACUAUUUAUGUACGUUGAGAAGCUACCUCUUGUUAUGCCGGAUCCUGUUUUUCUACCCUAUGAUUCUCAUGUCCGGUACAUCAAUUUGAAUCGCCUUACAUAAUGCUACAAGAUGAAGAAGAACGACAGUAGUAUGGCGCUGGAUUGCGAGUCACGAUCCAUUGUCUUGAAUGCGUAUGUAGUCUGCGUAAAAGCGCGGAUGGUGUUCUUCUGUAUG